AUGAGUUAUAUGAAAUUGUUGAUUGUAUUAUGCACAGUUGUAGCGAUUUGUUCUCUUUUUGUAAGCGUUUUAUUUUAGUUUAAAUAUUAGUAUACUAACCUGAUAAGUAGGUACCGACUAAUCCUUUAGAGGUUCUGGUGAUGAAGCUUUGGUUAGUAGUUUUUCAUUUUUGCUUUAAAAGUUUUUGAACGUAAGGACAUACUAUUGUAGAUCUCUAACACCCUGUUCUCGUCACUUCGUACAACACUUCGGUCGUGCUUUGGCGGUCCGUCGACAAUGACUUCAUCAACUGUAGCUGGCACUUCUCCUUAUGAGACUAAGGCUAUUGGAGAACACAAGAGUACUGUAAGUUGUUUAGAGAACAGAAAAAAAAUUGUAAGCAUGGUUGCUAAUGAUACCUGUGAUCGAUUUUUUAAUGUUUGCUAUAACUUUAAUUGUUUGGCAUGUUGUUUUAUUUUAUACGUUAGUAACAACGUAGUAAAUUUUAAUUUUUAGUUGAUCUUCUUCCACGGAUUGGGAGAUCAAGGCGUUGGAUGGAGCCAAAUCCUAUCGGGUCAUUUGAACAAGGCUGGAAUUAAAGUAGUCUGCCCAAAUGCGUAAGUUUUGCUCAUUACCUACUUUUUAGUUUUAUUGUACAUGCUUAUAUAGUAAGUUUAUUAUAUUGUACAGGCUUCUUUAAGUUUCAGUUUUUUAGUGUCUAAUGUCAAAUCUACUUUGGCUUGCCCACGUUGUAUGUCAGAUCUAAAUAAUUUUUUUACAGUGCCUCCCGGCCGGUCACUCUCAACUUUGGUAUGCAAAUGCCAGCUUGGUACGAUCUGAAAGGACUGAGUCCCAACUCAGAAGAAGAUGCACCAGGAAUUGCGACAGCAACCGACUAUGCUCAUGCAUUGAUCCAGAAAGAGAUUUCUCAGGGAAUUCCAUCGGAGAAGAUCUUCAUUGGCGGAUUUUCAAUGGGCGGAGCUCUGGCCAUUCACGCCGGAUUAACGUUCUCUUCCAAGCUGGCUGGUGUUAUCUCGCUUAGCGGUUUCUUGCUUCAAAGGGAUACGGUCGAAGGGGUAGGUAUCGUAUAAUAGUAAAGUAAAAUUACAUAUUAUUUCCUUAUAGGUACAGUUUUUUAGAUUAUAUAUGAAACUUAAUAUCUAAAUUACGAUUGUUUUAGAAAGUAAGCGUCAACAAGCAAACCCCAGUAUUCUUGGGCCAUGGCCGCAACGAUCCUUUAGUUCCACUGACUUUUGGCCAAAUGACCGAACAAAAGGUCAAGACUUUCAAUCCGAAUGUUGUGUUUAAGACUUACAACUGUGAUCAUUCCAGCACCGAAGAGGUGAGUGAUAUAAUAAGUUACAUUACAAUAGUUAGUGGCGCAGUAUUAAUAAUAGGUACUCAUAAAGACAAGAACAAGAGCUAGUAUUGUCAUAAUAUGUGUAAUUCAGUAAUAAAUCUUCAGGAACUUGUCGAUGUCACCAACUUUGUCAAAAAGCAAUUGAGUUAA